AAGAACUAUAUGCAGGAUGGAAGGGAAACUGUCAAUGCCACUGAAAUGUUUGGGGGAAAAAUUGUAUUCUGCUGUUUCUGGAUUUCCAAUAGGUUCUGUAUUUAUUUGUUGUGGCUGCCAUAACAUGGGAUCACAAAUUUAGUGGCUUAAAGCAACAGAAAUCAUUUUCUGAGCACUCUGUAAUCUUGAAGUCUGAAAUCAGAGUGACAGUGGUUUCAGUUUCUUCUGGAGCUCUGGAGGAGGAUCAGUUCCACAUCUUACUUCUAGUUUUUGUGGACUUGUUUAAGUGGAAAAUCACUCCAAAUGUAUACCUUGGUGAGAACUUUGGCUGUGACGUUACUGAUUUCCAUCAUUAUUGUUGUGCCUGAUUCAGGUGCUUCAUGUAUGGAUGAAAAACAGAUUAUACAGGAUAAUUCAUCCCCUCUUGCAGAAGCUAACUUUAGGCUGUCUGUAGAGAUGGGCUCCACGAAGGUGCUCUGUUGCCCUGAUGUCCUACUGACAAACGUGCUGCUAACAACGUGGAAAAUCACCCUCAGAGGUCAGACCUUAUGCACAAAAUCCUAUGAUAAGGAAGAAAAUCAGACCUCUGACAACUGCACUGAUGAGAGGAUAACGUGGGCCUCUAGACCUGACCUGAGUCCUGACCUUCAGAUUAAUGGAGCGGCUGUCACACAUGAUGGAACUUACAUCUGUGAAAUGGUAAACUCUACUGGGAAUUUGCAACAUGAAUAUCAACUCCAAGUGCUAGUGCACCCUGAAGCAAACAUCUUUCUCAGCAAGAAUAAAACCUUGGUGUGCGAGGCAGUGGCAGGCAAGCCAGCUGCACAGAUCUCCUGGAUUCCACCAGGGCACUGCCAGAGUGAGGAAGAAACAACCAGCUACAGCAACCGCACAGUGACGGUCAGGAGCAGCUGCAGCUACUCAGGGAACGUGUCCACCGUGACCUGCUUGGUCUCGCAUUUGACUGGGAACUGGAGUCUGUCUGAAUCUCUGCCUUCUGGUAUUAUUACAGCCUCAGAAUCUCCAGUGUCAUCUUUACUGAUCAUUCUGUUCGUGAAAUUCUCUGUCUUAGUGGUUGUUCUGGUCAUUGUGGGAUUUGCUUUCUCCGGGAAGAUAAAUGCUUGCAGGGAUGAUGAGUGAAGCUCCAGCAGCCAACUUGCAACCAUGAUUAACACUGAGAACGACAGCUCCUCAAUAAGACAGAGAAAAAGAAAGCUGGAAGGAUCCAGAGCCUGAUAAUCAUGGAGUUUCCUUACCAACUCUAGACUAUGUACUUAUUGGCUUUGUGUGAGGGAGAAUAAACUGUUUUGUCCAUGUCA